AUGCUCUCGUUCAACAGAUUCACUGCGCUCAUCAUCUCUGCUGUUGGCUUUAGCGCCUGUGUCAUUGCAGCCCCUGUUGAAGCUAGCAACAAUCUUGUCACUCGCGGACCUUAUGAUGUCCACAACGGCUGGGCUACCUAUUAUAACCCAUCGGUUGGGCUGGGUGCCUGCGGAUGGGCAAAUAGUGACGGCGAACUGGUGGCUGCUGUUGGGACGACUUUAUACCAGGAUACUAUGGUUGAUGCCAAUCCGAACCACAACCCAAUCUGCGGGAGGAUAGCAGCGGUGACAUAUGCAGGCAAGACCAUCCAAGUCAAGGUUGUGGAUCGAUGCUACGCUUGUGGGUACAAUGACAUCGACCUAUCCCCAGCUGUAUUCCAGCAAUUCGCACCUCUUGCGGUUGGGAAGUUGCAAGGCGUGUCAUGGAGAUUCACUUAG